CUUUCCAUUUUUAGUACAUAACGGGCGGGUCGAAAAGAACCAUAUAGCAGUGAUUUGAUUUCAUUGCUACGGUAGGUGCGGUGCUGUGCUAAGCCGGUAAGAAAGAAAGAAACAUGGUCAUCACUAAUUUCAACGGAGUUGGCGUCGGAUUUGGUUUCGGAGUAGGUUGCGGUUUCGGUGUAGGAUGGGGUUUCGGAGGUAUGCCAUUGAACUUCUUGGGUCUUGGUGCAGGUGGAGGCUGUGGCGUUGGAGUAGGACUUGGUUGGGGGUUUGGUACUGCUUAUGGUAGCAAGUAUCGGUCAUCACGGAUCACAUUUCAGGGAAUGGAAUUUGACAAUAAGGUGGAGAAAGGCAACCCCAAUGAGUUAUCUAAAGCUAGCACAGAAAUAAAAAGUUCUGGGGUUUUCCAACACAAAUCCAAGAAAGCUUGUUGGCUUGUGAUCAAUGGCAGGGUAUUGGGUGUCAUGAAGUUCUUGGAGGAACGCCCUGGCGGCAAAGAGGUGUUGAUGGAGUUAGCAGGCAAGGAUGCAACGAAGGAGUUCGAUGCAAUUGGACACAGCAAAGGAGCACAGAACUUGGUCCUUAAGCACCAGGUGGGUGUCCUGCAAGGUGCCACCAUAGAAGAGGUAGAAGCCAAGGACCAUGUUGCGGAUACGGAGUCCAAGAACAAAGAGAUGAGUGCGUUCGUUAUAAAAGAGGAUCCCAAGUCCAUGUCUGAGACACUUUACGAGUUCUUUGUUCCAGUUCUUGUUGGCACAUUCUAUUUUGGCUACCGAUUACUUACCAGAGCAAACCCACACAUUUAGUUA